AUGACCAAACUGAAACAAGACCUAACAGCCUCGCGCUGGGCGAGUCCAGAAGUCCGGAGAGAACGAGAAUUCCAAAGCCGAGCAUGGACGCGAACACCAUCACCACAUAAGAACACCAUCAACAACAGCAGCAGCAGCAUCAAAGACGCGGAGCAACCAUACAGCCACAGCCAUCAUACUCCCGACCCGCUGUUCUCGAUGUCAACACAGCCGUCAAUAGCAGCAGAGAACGGGGGCCAAGUCGCGGGAACAGGUCUGCCACCAAAAUCGACAGCGGCGACAACCACAACACCACUCCCGUCAGACAUCAGACAUGGAGGAAUCCCGGCACCUUCAUCAGCACCACCUACUGGUACCACGCCAAAUGUCCCUCUCAGCACCGCCCAGCGACAAUAUCUGGCCCGACAGACCGAACUGCAACGCUUCCGCCGUCUCUUCCGCCGUCUAGCAUGGAAAGCCAACAGCCUGACGCACUGGUCGCAUCGGGCAUUGAGUCUGGCUCAAGAAUACCAGAACAAGAACCACCACGACACCAUCAAUCCACUUGGCCACCCUCCUACUACUCCCCUCGACACCAGCAGCCAACAACGGAACAAUCUUGAUGCGGUCGGUCUCGGCCCACGAGCCACGCUUGGUCGGUACGAGAUGAUCAUCGACCCGAUCGAAGCGGAGCGACAAUUCAAGAUUGAUUUCUUCGAGUUCUACGCAUUACUGGAGCGCGGGUUGGUGUGUUUGCUAGGUGUUUGGGGGAUCGUGAUCACUUCGACCAUUCCGAACUCUUCUUCUACGGCGUCCCAUACUCUUCGCAAUUCCACGUCUACUGCGCCAUCGAGACCAUCCCGGAUCCCGGAUUCAGCUUCGGCUUCGGCUUCAGCACCAGUGACCGUUUCAGCGUCUACUUCCAGUUCCAUCAUCGGCGACUCACGCACUUUCCAUGGCAUGCCGCAUCGAUUCCACGCCAAUGUUCUCGACGCGCUUGAUCAUCCUUCCAACCCUCUCCACGACAUUCUGGGCUCCGGCGGAGGGGGUGACGUGCGAGCUUACAUCGGCGUGGCGAAAGAGUUUCGCAAUAAAUGGAAAGACGUGGAGCAGCGGCCGGACGAUUCGUUCUUGGGGCACGAGCGUGCAGAAGAAGAGUGGGAUCGAGCCAAGGUCAGACGCUACGAGAAGGUCCUGAGGGAUCUGAGGCUUGAUGAGUUGUUGGGCACCGUGUUGGCUGGGUUGGAGGAGGCUGGGAGACGGGCUGAAGCCGAGGUGGCCAGGUUGGAACGCAUGCUUGGGAACACGGCCACUGUGGAUGCGAGGAAUAGUAGGCGUGACGUUGGUGCUGGUGGUGGUGCUGGGGGCGAAGAUGAGGACUUGGAUAUGCUCGAUGCUCCGUUCGAGGUCGGAGUCGGAGUCGGUAUGGGUGAGCGUGUGGAUCGUGAUUAUGACUAUGAGAUGGAGUUAUGA